UGUUUGAUUACCGCGAAAGUUGUUUAAAUUUACGUCUACGAUAGUUUUUAUGCUUUCUAUUUUUGCUCUCGUAUAAGAAAUCAGAUGUUUUCUUAAGAAUCUUUUCGUGUAGAACAUUUCAGUGUCUUAUGUGAAUAAAUGAUAAUUUAUUUUGUGUAUCAACUUAACUGUUAUAAGAAUAUUUGUUAUGCUCUAACGUAUUUGAUGAACUUCGUUAUAAUAAAUGCAGUUUUAUUGAGUUUUGUAAAGGGAUUAGAAUAUCUCGGCGGCAGACUUGAAGAAUACUGUUGUAUCUUUUAUAGGUUGUGAUGGAUGUCAGUUUAAAAAGAAGAAAGCUCUUUUAUAAUAACUUGUUGCUUCUUGGUUUGGAUAAAGUAGCAUUAGAAAAGAAGUAUAGAGUGUCAUUUGAUAGGGAUAUGUUUUGUGUGCCUAAUAAAAAAGGAUUUGAAGUUGUUACAUUCUUUCUGUUCUCAAAACUGGAUGAAGUUGCAGAGCAAAAUUAUCGAAUUGUAUGGCCAUUAUAUAAUAAGGAAACUGAAAGGCAAUUUCAAAAGACCUGUUUAAAUUACUUCUCAGAAAUAGCUAAGGUGAGUCGUGUAAGAUUUCCUCGUAUUGUGAAUUCUCUGCUAUCAACUUUUAGUGGUGAUCGUUUUUAUAAGCUUUAUCUAGCCUUCUCAUCUCAUGUACUCGAAAGAACUCUUGAGAGAAAUAUGACUGUUAAUUCAAGGCCUGUAGUGUCUCGGCAGAAUUAUGCAAUAGGUAAAGAAAUUUUAAAAGUUUCUACUAUUGGCUGUGUAGCAAGAACGAAAGAAGUUCAUAUAGCAUCUUCUAAUCAUCUUGAAGUUUGGUUAAAAUGUGCAAAAGAUUUCUAUGAAUGUUUUCAAAAACUUAGCAAUGAAACAGCAACUUUGAUUUCAUUGUGUAAAGAAAGGAAAGAAAAUAUCAUAUUUGCAUGCUGUGAAAAAGUUGGGUGUAGCAGAUCACUUUCAUUAGAUGGUGCAUUUGAAAUAUGCAUAAGUUAUAAUAAAAAGGUUAAACAGCAGUGGCAAAAAUUGAAACAGUUCAUCUCUAAUGAGUCAAAACUUUGGAGUUGUCUUCGUUCAGAGCUUCAAGAUGAUGAAGAAAAGUAUGUUUUAGAUGGUGCGAAGUCUAGACUAGUUGUCCCAGAAGUUAUAUAUAAGCAGUGUGACUUCCAGUUAAGAGAAUGUGAUUUUCAGAGCUCAGAUGUAAAUGGGAAGCUUUGCAUUGAAAGGUUUUUAAAGCUGUUUUCGCUUUACCUGGAUUUUUUCACUUGUAUGUUAAAUAAAGUGGAUUUAUCACAUCUUCAUGAAUUUUCUUCUGUUCCAAGUGCAUCUGGUUUAGAGGAAAACACAAAUAAAUUAGUAAAAACAUUUGUUUGUGAAAUUAUACCAGGCAUUAAGAACAGUAUAAAAGAACUUGAAGAUAAUUUAUUUACAAGUGACAUUUCUGAAAUUUUAAGUAAAGAAUUCCCAUCAUCAUCUGCAAUAUCUUUUGAUCCAGAAAGUGCAACACAUAAAAUGAGUUUGAAUGAGUCUGCUACAUUGCUCAAAUCACUUUGUGAAGAAAGUUUGCAGUCUGCAGAUUCAGGUUUGGUGACAGUUAUUUAACAGUGCAAUGUGGACAGCUGAAUGAACCAUUGCAAAGCAGUUCUCAUAGAAAUGUUCAGAGAUCAGAAUAUAGUACUGAUGAAAGGAGCAAUAUGUGCCUUAAAGAAAUGAAAUUAUCAGAUAGUGUAAAUAUUUCUUCAAGUAUGCAUAAUACAUAUAAAGGUCCUCCUAAAGAUGGAUUGCAGACUGAUAAGGUUUUACUGGGAUCUGAAAGCUCUUUCAGUUUGAAUUCUUACCAGUUAACCAUGUCAUCUUUAGAAGAUUUUGAUAUUGGUUCCAGUCCCCAUUUCAAAAUGAGAAAUAGUUGGUUAACAGAAGAUUCUCUUAACUCUAUGACACUUCCUUUUGAACCACUGCCAGAUUAAUUAAUUGUACAUAUGAAAAUACAUCUUAUACUAUUGUAUAUAUUGUAUAUUCUGUACAUAUAAUUAUUUUUAAUAUUUAAAAUUAUAUAUGUACAUAA